AAUGAGUCAAAUGACACGACAGAAGAAGAACGCAAUGUAAACAAACGUGCCAUGCUGCCCGAGUGUCUAAGUUAUCCCGUAUAAACAACCUGGGUGCCAUACUAUAGUAGUAGUUUGGACAUAGUCGAAGGGAAAUAGGCUUAAUAUUCUACGUUUGGAUAAAAUGGUUUAUGAGGUAAACAAAUUGUUUUCAUGGGACACUGAGUAUAGUGCUGAUUCUUCAGAGUUUUGCCCUAUUGAGAAGUAUCACAAUUAUUUAGCUGUGGGAACAUACCAACUUGCAGAUAAACAGAAUGAAGAAACCAGCAAUUCACUUUCUCAGGGGGAAAUUGACAUACCAAAGGAGCGACUUGGUCGCUUGUACUUGAAGCAGCUAUGCACAGAAGAGAAAAAACUUAUUCUUGUCCAACAGAUUGAAACAGAAGCAAUACUGGACAUGAAGUGGUGUCAGCACAGGUUGAGGGGUGACCCUGUUCUAGCUGUUGCAAAUGCUGCUGGACUUCUGAAGUUGUUUAGGCUCAGACCAUCCAACCAAGAAUUUCUUCAGUUAGUUUUUUGGUGCCAGCAUGAAAUUGAAGAUGAGAACACGCUUGCCUUGUCGUUAGAUUGGUCCUCUGGAAAAGAUUCAAGUGAUGAUCCAUUUAUAACAGUUAGUGAUUCUAAGGGAAAAAUUAAUAUAUUGCAGCUUAAAGGUGAUGAAUUGACUUUAGUUCAAAGAUUUCAUGCACAUGAUUUUGAGGCAUGGAUUACAGCAUUUGAUUAUUGGAAUCCAAACAUUGUGUACACUGGGGGUGAUGAUUGUAAGUUUAGAAAGUAUGAUGUACGUUGUGACCCAGCUACUGCCUUGCUAACAAGUAGAGUUCAUAAUGCUGGAGUGACAAGUAUACAUUGCAGUCCUUUUUCAGAAUAUCUCCUGGCAAGUGGCAGUUAUGAUGAAAAUAUUAACAUAUGGGACACAAGGAAAAUGUCCUCCCCACAAACUACAGUGUCAACAGAUGGUGGGGUAUGGAGGUUGAAAUGGGAACCACAUGGUGAAAACCUCUUACUUGCUGCAUGCAUGUAUAAUGGCUUUCAUGUGAUUGAAAACAGUGAGGAUGCCAGUAUUGUUGCUUCAUUUAUGGAACACAACAGCAUAGCUUAUGGAUCAGAUUGGUGGCACGGUAAGAUUAACAAUAGCCACAUUGUUGCCUCUGCUUCAUUUUAUGAUCAUUUACUCUGUCUUUGGGAAUUUGCCCCAGGUUAAUAUAAUUUUAGAGUACUGUACUUGUAUUUUAUUACACGAAUUAAAAAAGCAAAAGUUGCAGUUGUACUGUAUAAAAAUUAAAAGUAUUAGACAA